UUAAGAUAAGAAAAGUGCAAACCAACUCAGUAAUGACAAACAAGGCAGUCUUGUGAAAUGGAGAUGAUAACGAUCAAGGUUUAGUACAUUUUGUGCUUGAAAUAUUUCAUGAUUCUGCUCUACCCAAGGGAGGAGCUGUUUACAUUGCUAGCAGCUAAAGGCAGUUCUGCUAAUUAGGAGAUACACACAGACAAAGAAACAGGACAGGAAACAUUUUGUCAGGACACUGGCAAGGAGGACACCAUUUGUUUUAAAGUCAUGGAGCUACUAGCUGUUUUUCUCCAGUCCUCCAGUUCCGUCUCCCUGCUGGGGACUCUGGUGGUUCUGCUUCUUCUCUACAUCAUGUCCUCCUCCAGAUCCAAAACUCAGGAAGACAGGAAGGAUCCUCCUGGACCAAAACCGCUUCCUCUCCUCGGUAACCUGCUGCAACUGGACCUAGAGAAACCAUACAACACAUUUGUGAAGCUUUCCAAGAAAUAUGUGUCAGUGUUCACUGUCUAUUUGGGAACCAAGAAAGUGGUGAUCCUGGCAGGAUACAAGACAGUGAAGGAGGCACUUGUCAACCAUGCUGAAGCGUUUGGAGACAGAGAUGAACUCCAAAUUGUAAAAGACAAUCAUG